UUAACCCCUGCAGGUGUGAAGUCUAUAGACGACUGCCCUGUUCAGCCAAUGAUUCCUCUCUACCUGCUGGUGGGUGGAGUUAUUGGCAGUGUAAAGGUCACGCUGCUCCUGUACGACACCACCCGCAUGAGGUCGCUCAUCUCCAAGUCGGUCGUCAUCGGCGACGACGAUGCCGACGAGUAUCCAUGGAGACAGAACGCAAACAAGUACUACGUGCACAUCAUCCUCAGCCUGUUCCUGUUCGUCUGGUUCCUCCUGGGGAACUACUGGGUGUUCUCUGUGUUCCAGCCUAACUUCAUCACACCCUUCCACCAGCCACAGGACUACUGCAGGAAGUCUCUGUACCUAUUUGCUGUGUUUGUGUUGACGCUCAGCCACACCGUGCUGUUCCUGCUACUCUGCUGUGGGGUCUGUGUACACGUCUGCUCUCAGACCAGCACCAGGGACGACUAUGGGGAUAGUGAUGAAGACUGAGUGACUGACUGGCUGGCUGGAUGACUGACUCAGAGAAGCAUACAGAUGUAGGAUUUUAAUUUGAUCAUCCUGUUGUUGCAGGAAAUACAAGCUUGUAGUGUAUCUGAGGUUUAAAAAGGCUUCUGAAG